CGUAGAACUACAACCAGAAGUCCCCAGACCGAAUGUGGGUAUCUCUUAAAUCAAUCUCUGUAUCCCCUAGUAAUAUGAGCAAACCAGUGCUAAUAACAAUCGAGGAUAUUCAGGAAUUCUGGGAUAACCACUUGCCUAAACCACCCGUCACGUCAGAGGUGGAAAUCGAUAUAAACGAUAUUGACUUCGAGAUUGAGGAAAAAACCCAAGCUGUUGAGGAAGUCAAAGGAAUAGAUGCAUCCACUCUGUUGACUGAAGAACAACAGGCGUAUUUACGGUUUAGGGAAAUACACCAACGCCAGUUUCAAAUUGAUUUGGUACAGAUCAAAGAGGAAUUGGCCAAUAGUGGCACGCCCUUACUAUCGUCUAAGCGUGAUAAGUCUGAGUCCACUCUGCAAUCAUCCAAGAGGUUAAAGGCGGAUACUCUCCCGGGCUUGGAGGAAGAGCUAGCUGCCCAUAUUCCUAGAACAAUGCACAAGCUUGUCCAAAAUUACCCCAACCCACUGGGAGACGGAAGCUACAGUGACUCAUGUGCUACUAUGGAAAUUCUGUUGUAUGACGAAACCUUUGGUGUGCAUGCCGAAACAAUCAAGCACUUGGAAACCAAUUUAGAUGAUUCGUUUAAAAUGGCUUUAUUACACCAACUGCAGCAGGCGAACUAUUAUCCUUCGGUGCCUAUUGAUAUUAAUUGAUACUACAGACCAUGCGCUGGUUUACCCCCACAGGG